AUGCCCGACUUUUCGAAGGAGGAGGCGGAGAAGGAGGGGGAGCGCGCCAAGGAGAGCAAGAAGGGGAAGAAGAAGAAGAAGAAGAAGGGGAAGGGCGGCGGGGGCGGCGCUGGGCCCUCGCAGGUGCCCGAGGAUGGGGCAGCGCUGGCGGCGGCGGAGGAGGCGGAGUUGGCGGCGGCGCUCGAGGAGAGCGCGAGGCUGGAGGAGGAGAGGCGGGCGCCCGACGAGCAGGGGUCGUCCUCCUUGGCUGCAGAGAGGCCGCCUUUGGUGGAGGAGGAGGAGCCGCCGGCCGACUUCAUCUGCCCGAUCACGACCGAGGUCAUGAGCGACCCGGUGAUGGCGGCGGACGGGCACGCCUACGAGCGGACGGCGAUGGAGCGCUGGCUCGCGACCAAGUCGACGAGCCCGAUGACGGGCGAGGCGCUCGAGUACACGGGGCUCUUCCCGCACCACAUGCUGCGCAGGCAGAUCCGAGAGUGGCAAGAGGCAGGACGGUAG